AUGAGGCAUGUCGGACUUGUAAUAAGUGACACCUUAGUUUCACAGGAACUCAUCAGAAACCAUGUCGUAGAAUUUGUCAUCAACGAACAGAAUGAAUACAGCCAUUUGCUUGCCAGUGUUGCGGAAGCGGCAUUCCGAUUUGAAGCCAACGGGACCUUAGAUUUGGCGUUUGUAAAAAAUCAGAGGUUGGUAUUUUUCUUUGAAAAGCCAACAUCUUCCUGGUUCUUCAUUUUCAAAUGUUCUUUUUCAAGACGUCGGGCGGAACUUCCUCUGCUGUUCGGCGAUGUUAUCGAAUGGAGUGAGGCCGAUAUGAAAAAUAACAGAAUUAUUUUGAAGUUCCGAAGAAUGCCUGAGUUGUUCGAGCACCGUGUCUACGACCAAAAGUUUCAGAUACUAGUCAGCGGAGUGGUCUCCCCGAUAGACAAGUUUCACUUUUGGUCUGAGUACUUCCCACAUGUGCGACUUGGUAUGAAAUCUUCGGAGGAAGUGUUACCUAAUGUAGGCGUAGCAGCGUGGCUGAACUUAUGCACUGAUGAGGAUGGUAGAUUCUGUGUCGAAUUCGAUUCAUUCGAAAGAGUUGAACACGAAGCGCGUAUUAUUGCUGCAGCGCCAUGGAAUCGAAACAACCCUAAAUAUACCACGCUGGCUUUACCUUCGCAUGAUGAUGGCCUAGAGAGCCAGAUCUUGUUACCUGAUUCUCUCACGGAAAGGCCACAAUGGCAGCAGGAGGUUUUCAAUCUCGAGGGUAUUUGCACAGGAAAAAGGCUGAUAUUCUGCAGACAAUUGUCGUCCUAUGAAAUUGUUGUCGCUCUGAUUAAAAAUGCGAAAGAAAGCAUUCCUUUUGGAAUAGGAGUUAGUUGUGAGUUCAGUGCGGUAUGGAAUGAGUAUGAAAAGAGAUUCAUUGUAACAAAGUACAAAACUAAGGGUUUACCGAGUCGUUUAGGCUCAAAUGGACUGCUUAGGACAUCUGUCAAAGCUGUGGAAAACUACCCCGGUCUCUUCAAGAGCGAUCAAUUUGGUCUCAUAGAUGACCCUCGCGGUGUUCUUGCUUUAUUACAUCUCUCAGCUUAUAAACGCAGCUCUGUUGUGGUCACACUGGAGGAUAAACCGGUUUAUCAGUCAGACAUGCGGUUCCGGAUUGUUGACGUUCAGCAUGACAAAGCACCCAAACUAGAGAAGUGGAUGGAAGAGAGCGAGAGAGUGUUCCUGAUUGAAGCGAUGCGACCGAAGUAUUUUCGUAGUUGUCUUGAGAGCUCUGUAUUCGGUUUGGUAGCACUUGGUUCGCAUAUCACACUUCCACGCAAUAAAAGCUCUAAGUUCACUGUGUGGGUCACACGAUCAGUGCCGGAGACAGAAGCCGUUCGAUCCGCCCGCACACCAUUUAUGGUUUUGUCAAUAGGAGAUCAAGAACCGCCGGAUUAUUUGCUCUCUCCUCCCGAAGAUGUCACAUCUCUGAUUGUUCCGGAAUCGCCUCAAGAAGAACCUGUCACGGUACCAGAAAAACCAAAAAAACGGGACAAAAAUGAAAUACAAGCUGCUAUGGAACGCUUAGGACUCACAGGGGACACGGAGCCGACAAUCAUCCACUCUGCGGAGUGUACGGAUACGAGCUGUGCCACUGAUUGCCCAACAAUGAGUGCGGUUAUGAUGCUCACAGAGGAGGUUCGGCUGGAGGUUUCUUUGAUGUGUUUCUCAAUGUCCUGA